AUAACAAGACAAUAUCCUCCUCUUGUUCUUGCCUCCUGCAACUUUGCAUUCCCUCGCUCUCGACUCAAAGCAAAUUCUUGAAAGUAAGAAUUCAAGACACAAAAAACAAAAAAAAAAAUCAAAGAGGAGAAGAGAAGAGCGAGCUGGGAUAGAAUACAGCAAUCAGCAAUGCCAAACUUGGUCCUCCACCACCCACCACUCACCCCCUUACUUUCCCACCUCCCACCAUCAUCAUCAAGCUUUCCAAUUCGGACCCAGAAAUCAACGGCCUCGUUUCCCCCAAUAAAUCAUGCGGUUCUGCUCCGUCGGCGGCCCAACACCAUCAGGUGCAUGGCGAACCCGCGCAGAGUGGCAAUGGUGGCUAAGCAGAUAAGGAGGGAGCUGUCUGACAUGCUCUUAACUGAUAAGGUCUUGCAGUACGCUAUUCUUCCUGAGGUUUCUUUGGGUGCUGACCGUUACCUCUCUUCGCUAACCACCAUAAGCGAUGUUGAAGUCUCCACCGACUUGCAGGUGGUUAAAGUCUAUGUUUCUAUUUUUGGUGAUGAAAGAGGGAAGGAGGUUGCCCUUGCUGGGCUAAAGUCAAAAGCCAAAUAUGUCCGAGGUCAAUUAGGAAGGCGUAUGAAGCUGCGGUUAACUCCUGAGAUACGCUUCAUAGAAGAUGAGUCUCUAGAGAGAGGAAGCAGGGUGAUUGCUAUACUAGAUAAGAUAAAGAAUGAAAAGAAAGAUUCAGAAAUUCAAGAUGACGAACAAUUGGAACCAUCCGAGGCACCUGAGGAUGACGGAGAUUGGGAGGGUGAUGACCCUGAUGAAGACAUUAUAUACAUAAAGUAGUUACUCCCCCUAGUUUCUGAGCAUAAUGCUAUCUUGGAUUGAGGCAUGGCUUUUGCUUUUCCACAGGCGAGCGCCAUAAGUCACAAGGCUAACCUAGACAGAAAAACUCUUCACAGCUGGAGCCCCAUCAUCUGAAUCACGCGCUUCGACCAUGUCAUGCCUUGUAAAAUUACCUAUAAUAUUUUUGUUCGUUUCUACAGGAAUGCUUGUGAUUUGCUUUUUGUUUUGGUUAUCUGAAUCCAGAAGCAGAAAUUGUGGUAUUUAAAGUGCUAGAUAAUUCACGAAAUUGACGAUCCACAUGAUGCGAAUGGAUAUUCUACUGUUUCUGUUCCA